AUGAAAGUUCUCUUUCUUUGUGGUGGUUAUGGAACAAGAUUAUUACACGAUCUUCAUGCAGAGCCUAGUCAAGAGCAUAAGACCUUGAUCGGGAUCGCGAAGGCUCUCUUGCCACUGAAUAACAAACCGUUGAUCGAUUAUUGGCUAUCAGACGUUAAAAAACUACCACCGUCUAUAAUAGAUAUCUCAAAGGACGUAUAUGUAAUCUGCAACCAACAUAAUUAUGGCCAAUUUACAGUCUGGGCUGAACAGCAAUCCUUCUCUUCAGCACACAUCUUGAAUGAUGGAUCAACUAGUAAUGACACGCGACUAGGAGCUAUUGUGGACAUGGCUCUAGCAGUCGAAAAGUUUAGUAUACAGGAGGACUUGCUGAUCGUUGCUGGAGACACGUUAUUCUUAAAGGAUUUCAGUCUGGAAGGCUACUUGGACAAAGCUUCAGCGACACCCGGAUCGUUGGUGACGACCUAUACCGUAAAAGAUGAAGAAACUAGAAAGACGGGGAUUGUGGUGUUGGAGGAUGAGGGUGGGCGUAAGCGAGUGACAGCAUUGUUGGAGAAGCCUGAUCCGUCAGAAACUACAUCACGAACCGCUUGUCCAUGCUUUUACUACUUGAAGAAGGACGCGUUGCCUCUUCUCAAACAAUUUGUAAAUGAGAAAUCAGCGUUGGAAGGGUUAGAAGCAGUAGAUGCAACUGGAAGGUUUAUAUCAUGGCUUGUCAGCAGACACCCUGUGUAUUCAUAUAGUAUUAGAGGAAGAUUGGACAUUGGGGGGCUAGCAUCACUAUUAGAAGCAGAAGCAUAUUUGAAAUCAUAG